UUGUUCAUCAACAACCUCACUUCACUCUCCAACUUCAGCUCCCAUCUACCUCACUCUCCUUCCCCCCACUCAACCACAUCCUCGAAUCCUCGAGAAGCACUCCUUCACCUCUUCUUCCCCUCCUUUGGCUGCCCUCAUUUGAUCCCGCAUCAUCACAAUCAUUUGGAUUGCAACAAACCAACUCCCCCAAUCUCGCACUUGACGUGCACGUACGUCUUUCUCCUCCACCAUGGAGCAUCAACAGAAUCAACAACAACAACAUCCACAACAGCCACCACCCCCUCAGGGUGGUGUGCCUGGUCCGACUGGUCGUCGACUCCACAUUGCACAUCGCCGAAGCCCUUCAGAGCUGACCCCAUUGAUGAGCAUGUUCUCCAGCCCCGGCAUUGAACAGUUGGCCAUUCAACAACAAAUCGAGCUCCUUCAACAGCAGCAGCAGCAGAUUCAAGCUACCCACCAACAAUAUGUCAAUAUGGGAAUGAUCCCUCCUACCCAACAUCUGGCCACUGGCGGAUAUAAUCCUCUUCAACAGCAGAUUCCCAACAUGGCACAGAACAAUUUCCAGUUCCCUAACCAGAUGCCACAACAGAUGAAUGCUCCAAUGGGUGCACCAACUCAACCGCUUUCACAUCGCCGUAAUCAAUCGGCACUUCCCAACAUGGGCAUGGGCCCUCCUCCAGCCCCCUCAUCCGGCGCAGCAGGUCCUGGCUUUGGAGACUUUGGUGGACAACACAGAGAGAACAAUGCUGGCAGAGGUGGUCGCGGCGGUGGACCACCGGGUGGCGGACAUCAGCGUCGUCAUUCUCUGGCUUUGCCUGAGGCCAAAAAAGCUGCAGAGCUUGCCCAGCAGAAACGAACAACUUCUGGCUUCCAGUUCCCUAUCCCAGGAGCUCCUGGCGAAACAACUGAUCGUUCCAAUAGUCCAACUGCGGAGGAGAAGCCAUCUGCUCCAGCACAAGGUACUGGCCAAAGCACACGUGGCAGAGGUGGCGGACAUGGACGAAGCCAGAGCAUGGCUGUUAAUGGUAGGGGUGGAGCAGCUGUUCGUGGUGGAGGAAAUUUCCAGUUCCCUCCUAUGCAAGCUACCCCCGAUGCUGGCGCUUCUGGACAAGGCAAUGACUUCCAGCGACGUGGAAGCAACACUGGUCAUAACCGACAAUCAUCGAGAAACUUUGAAGGUAACUGGAGAAAUCAACCUCAAGGCCAAGCCCCUCCCCAGGAUCAACAUGGUGCUAUGGGCAACUUCCAAGGUCAACAACCGCAGGGUGGUUUCCAGCCUGGUCACCGCAAUCGUGGAUCCAUCAACCAGUCAAUCAAUUCUAUUGGUUCUUUCCAAUACGGAGGUCAGCCACAAAUUGUCCAAAUGCCAGGACAGAUGAUGGUCCCUCAGCAAAUGUUCCCUGGACAACAAUUGAAUCCACUUCAGAUCAGCCAGCUCCAAGCUCUCCAAGCUGCCCAGAUGGGCGGACAGGUCGGUCUUCAAGGCAGCCAUCAUGGCCCACAGCUUUCUGCGCAGCAACAGCAACAACAGCGCAAGACACUAUUCACUCCUUAUCUGCCACAAGCCACCCUCCCCGCUCUUCUUGGCGACGGACAGCUCGUUUCCGGCAUCCUUCGGGUCAACAAGAAGAACAGAAGUGAUGCCUAUGUUACUACACAAGACGGCCUUCUUGACGCAGAUAUCUUCAUUUGUGGAAGCAAGGACCGUAACAGAGCUCUGGAAGGAGAUCUCGUUGCUGUCGAGUUACUCGAUGUUGACGAAGUUUGGGGUCAGAAGCGCGAGAAGGAAGAGAAGAAGAAGCGCAAGGAUAUUACUGAUACCCGGGGUGGUUCGAACGGAAAUGCUGAUCGAUCCCACCGUGAUAACUCCACCAACGGAGAUGAGCAACCUACCACUGGAGAAGGUGGUGGUAUGCGAAGACGUGGUAGCUUGAGACAGAGGCCAACCCAGAAGAAGAACGACGAUGUUGAGGUCGAAGGGCAAAGUCUUCUCCUUGUUGAGGAAGAAGAGGUCAAUGACGAGCAGAAGCCACUUUACGCUGGUCACAUUGUCGCAGUCGUCGAGCGUGUUGCUGGACAAAUGUUCUCUGGAACUCUCGGUCUUCUCCGUCCUAGCAGCCAAGCCACCAAGGAGAAGCAAGAGGCUGAGCGUGCAGCUCGUGAUGGAAAUUCCGGCCGUCACCAGGAACAGAGACAACAAGACAAGCCAAAAAUUGUCUGGUUUAAGCCAACUGAUAAGCGUGUUCCACUGAUCGCAAUCCCUACCGAACAAGCCCCUCGUGACUUCGUUGAGAAGCAUCAAGACUACGCUGACCGAAUUUUUGUUGCUUGCAUCAAGAGAUGGCCAAUCACCUCUCUUCAUCCUUUCGGUACUCUCGUUGAGCAACUCGGAAAGAUGGGCGAGUUGAAGGUUGAGACAGAUGCUCUACUUAGAGACAACAACUUUGCCUCGGACGAGUUUUCCGAUGCGGUCACUCGCAGUGUUGGACUUGAUGAUUGGUCUCUUGAGAAGGAAGAUGAGGCUGCUAUUGCUGCUCGUCGUGAUUUCCGUGACGAAAAGACCUUCACCAUUGAUCCCAAUGGAGCUAAUGAACUUGAUGAUGCCAUCCAUGUCAAGUCGGAGGUCGAUGGAAAGAUCGAGAUUGGUAUCCACAUUGCCGAUGUUGCUCAUUUCAUCAAGGCCAACUCUCUGGUGGAUCGCGAGGCCCGCAAGAGAGGAACAGCGGUUUAUCUGAUGAAUCGCAGCUGUGCCAUGCUGCCACCCAAAAUUGCUUCCGAGGUCUGCUCUCUUGUGCCCGGCAAAGAUCGCCUUACUGUCAGUGUUGUCUUCAAAGUCAAUGCCCACACUGGUAUGGUGUCUGAGGAAGAUACCUGGAUCGGCAAAAGUAUUAUUAAGAGCGCUGGAAAGUUGACAUACAAGGAAGUUGAUGCUGUUUUGUCUGGACACCUCGACACGAAGCUUGAUGGCGCCGAGGUUAAGGAGAUCCAAAUCCUUCACGCUGUUGCCCAAAAAUGGCGAGAAAGGCGUCUCGGCUCUGAAGGGGAGACAAUUGCUCCUCUCAGACUCAUCUACCAGUUGGAUGACGAGAACGUGCCGGUCGAACAGAACAUCUUCGACUCUACUCCAUCCCAUGAGUUGAUCGAGGAACUCAUGCAUAAGGCCAACGCCUAUGUUGCACAGAAGAUCUUCAAAGGAUUGCCCGAGAAGGCACUCUUGCGACGACAAGGCCCACCAAAUCCCCGCCGCCUCCAGACAUUCGUCGACCGCAUGAACAAGAUCGGUUACGAAAUGGACACCACAAGCAGUGGAACCCUGCAGAACAGUUUGUUUAAGGUUGAUGAUGCCGAGAUCCGAAAGGGCAUGGAGACUCUCCUUGUCAAGGCCAUGCACCGUGCCAAGUACUACAUUGCAGGAAAGACACCAACCCAACUUUACCCACAUUACGCGUUGAACCUACCUCUAUACACUCAUUUCACCAACCCAUCGCGCCGAUAUGCCGAUUUGGUUGUUCACCGUCAACUUGAAGCUGUUCUUUCUGAAGGGAAGAUCGAGUACAAUGAGGAUAUUGAGACUCUCGUCAAGACUACUGAAUCAUGUAACACCAAGAAGGACUCAUCCCAAAAUGCCCAGGAGCAGAGCGUCCACAUUGAAUCUUGUAGAAUCAUGGACAGGAAGCGCGAAGAGGUCGGUGGAGAGCUCAUCAGUGAAGGUAUCGUCCUUGCUGUGUACGACUCUGCCUUCGAUAUUCUCAUCCCGGAAUAUGGCUUUGAGAAGCGAGUUCACUGCGAUCAACUUCCGUUGAAGAAGGCAGAGUUCCGCAAGAACGAUCGCAUCUUGGAACUGUACUGGGAGAAGGGUGUUCCUUCAUCGGCUUAUGUUCCAGAGGAUGAGCGCCCCAGAGCUGGAGCAUCUCAGCGUAUGACCAAUGCCGCUGCUGCCGCUAAGCAAGCAGCUGUUGCUGAGCGUGCCAAGAAGGAGCACGAGGAGGCUCAACGAAAACAAAUGGAGACAGGCACAAUGUCCACCGACGAUGUCGAUGCACUUUUCGAUGACGAGGAUGACGUCUCUGAUGUCGCCGAUAGCUUGGCUGGAGUGUCACUGGGAGAGCGCCCGACUCAGAGCGUCCCACCUUCGCCAACGAAGAACUCUCUCACGGCUUCAGACAGUCUCCACCGCACUCGAUCCGACUCUAAGGUCCACACUGCGGAGCCAGCUGAGGCCAAACUCAGCCCCAAGGAGAAGUACUUGAAGUUCUUCACUCUUCGUGAGGAGAAUGGCGAGUACAUUCAAGAUGUUAAGGAAAUGACAAGAGUGCCAGUGAUCUUGAAGACUGACCUUACCAAGAGUCCUCCUUGUCUUACCAUCCGCUCGCUCAACCCAUAUGCUCUUUGAGCAACUCUCUUUACUCACAACACUGGUGGAAUCAUUCUAUGAUGCCUCUUCGCGUCAAAUUUUCAGAAGAAUUUUAGUGACAUGCACAGAUGUUCGAGGGCAGCCUCUGUGUCGAGCAACAAGUCCUCAACGUGCCUAGUUCUUGAGGACGCGAACAAGAUAGCAUUUGUUUUUCUCGUGAAGAAUUUCAUCGAUGUGGAGGGACGAAUGGUCUGGGAUUGGAUGGCCAUUGAUAUUGGUGAUGGGACGGGUGUAGGAUGGAUGGAAAGGGGUUGUGGAGAGGAGGGAUUAUAAAAAAGCCAAAACGGAGCGAACAGAGAUAUAUCAACGAGGAGCUCCAUGUAUUUUCCUUUGCUUUAGCGUGUGCAUCUAUAGUCCUUAGCGCAAAUCACACAUUUCCCAGACAUGCUACCGGUAACUAAGCAAUCAAUCAAUGCGUGCUGAUGUGUGUGUGUGUGUGCAUAUCCAUCCUGACCUGACAUGCUGGGCUGCAUGAACGCUGGACGGAUGUCGAGAUGAAAGGAACAGGAAGGUUUGGUUUUGGACGGAUGCCGAAGUGGAGUGGAGUGGAGGGGAAGGAAGGGAUCUUUGACCUUGAGUUCUUCUUCUUCUCCCGGCCUUGUGUGUGGGCCAUUAUUUGGCAAAACAACCAAUCAAACCCAGCAUCCAGUGAUUUUUUUCCAAAUCAACGAUUGGUCCGGAGGAGGAGUAGGAGGGAGGAGGGUGGAUGCAGACAGGCUGCUUCAGUUGGGAUCGAUCUUCACAGGCUGGCUGGGAAUGGAAACGGGGCGGGCGGGACCACCAGCCAGGGGUGGAGAGUACGGUACGGUACAGUACAGUACAGUACAGUACAGUAUGUACGGU